AUGAAGUACAUUCAUUCUCAGGAGCUCCUUGAGAUCCCCGAAGGGGUCAAGGUUUCCAUCAAGACCAGAAUUGUCACCGUCGAGGGUCCCCGAGGCAAGCUCGUCAAGGACCUCGGCCACUUGGCCGUCAACUUCGCCCACCCCAAGAAAAACACCGUCUCGAUCGAGAUCCACCAUGGCAACCGUAAGAAUGUUGCCACCCUGCGGACUGUGCGAUCGAUCAUCCACAACAUGGUUGUAGGUGUCACAAAGGGGUUCAAGUACAAGAUGAGAUACGUGUACGCGCAUUUUCCCAUCAACGUGAACCUGGACAAGAGCAAGGAGACGGGCUUGUGGGAGGUUGAGAUCCGAAACUUUAUUGGCGAGAAGAUUGUUCGACGAGUCGUCAUGCAGGAGGGCGUCGAUGUUGAAUUGUCCAAGAACCAGAAGGAUGAGCUUGUCCUGUCGGGCAACUCUUUGGAGCGAGUCUCCCAGAGCGCUGCCGACAUUCAGCAAAUCUGCAAGGUCCGCAACAAGGAUAUCCGAAAGUUCUUGGACGGUUUGUACGUUUCUGAAAAGGGUAAUAUCGUUGAGGAGUAA